AUUCCAAUAUUCAAUAUUGGUAGUGAUGCAGCUAACAACUUCGAAAAAGCUGUCCUGGUUGCUGGAACAUUGAAGAUUCCAGAGGUUACACUAUGCUUCAACAACAAAUUAUUCAGGGGAAAUAGAACAAGAAAAAUGAAUACAACAGACUUUGACGCUUUCGAUUCUCCAAACUUUCCACCUCUCGCAGUUUUUAGUGGACAAAGACGUUUGUCUGGCGCGGUGAACUGGAAUCUUGUUUUAAAACCUGUUUUAACACGAGGCACCGGCAAGGAGCUAAUUUUAUGUACAAACAACAAUACUGCUACUGAAAAUGUGAAUGUACUGUAUAUCUAUCCAGGCAUAACUGAAAAUGCAAUGAAUUUCGUGCCUAGUGCUCUUAUUCUACGUUCAUUUGGAGCUGGAAAUGUUCCAGAUAUAGUUCUUCAGACAUUAAAAACUUGGAAGAACUCUGUACUCGUUGUCAACAUUUCACAGUGUGAAGGUGGCAGUGUUAGUUCUACAUAUGCUAUUGGAACAGAACUUGAAGGUAUUGGUGUUGUAAACGGAGGUGAUAUGACGUUUGAGGCAGCAUACACUAAGCUCUACAUAGCAUGCAUAUUAAAAGCAGAGAUAUCUGAUAGAAAAAAAUAUUUUGAGGAGAUUAGUAAAGGAGAAAAAACAACACCAUCUUUGAGAGUUCAAGUAUUGGACUUAGUCCAUAUGUAUCGUCUCGCUGCAAAAUCAAAAGCCUGAAAAUAAUUUACAAAUGAGAGAAAUUGGACCAGACUGACUUUUUCAUAUCAAUAGUGAAAUUUGAGACGAAGAAUUGGAGUCUUUUAGCAAUGUUUUGUGUG